AUGUCUAAGGCUACAGUCAAGAAGCUGCACUGGCGUUCCAAAGUUCAGGAGAGCUUCGUUCCUCUGGGUGGAGCCUCGGGGGAGUUGGGUGUGGCCAUUGGAGGUGGCGCAGACUAUGGCGAGUUCCCAUUUGUCACAGCAGCACCUGGAGGAGGCGCCACGGUGGGUGACAUCAUCCUGGAGAUUGGCGGCACGCCUGUCCUGGGCAUGACCCUGGGAGACGUCAGAGGGGUUCUGAACUCGUGUCCUCAUCCCAUCCGCAUCAAAACUGUUUCACCAGGCUCCACUCUGUGUAAAGACCUGAGAUUAUAUUUGAGCAAGUGCUUCACACCUGGAUCCAUGGACAGCCAACUGCAGCAGGUCAUACGGGAGAACCUUUACCUGCGCGCUGUGCCCUGUACCACCAGGCAGCCGCGGGACGGGGAGAUCUCCGGAGUGGACUACAACUUCGUCUCAAUUGAGGAAUUCUUCUCGCUGGAGGAGUCGGGAGCUCUGCUUGAGAGCGGCAAGUUCAAAGGGAACUACUAUGGUACGCCACGGCCGGUCCACAUUGGGCCUGACAGCCCACCUAUCACCUACCAGGAGCACCGCAACCUGCUGAGGAACUUCCGCACACGCAGCAAGUCUCUCAGUAACCUGGAGAAGGCUGUGGAAGAAGGGGACAACAGUGAGGAAGACUCUGGUCUCUCAGCGGGUUCUGCAGGAGCGAGCAGUGUCCCUGCUACCACUAUUGUUUCACCCAAUCAGACAUGGGACUCGGGUGGACCUCGGGAUGGUGGUGUCCCGAUGGAGAAUGGUGCCCGUGGAGGGGCGCUGCCUGAAAACUGGGAGAUGGCAUUCAGUGACUCAGGAGAACCUUACUACAUUGAUCAUAACUCAAAGACAACAAGCUGGCUGGACCCACGGACUCACAGUAAAGAGGUGGUCAGCAAGACAGAGUUGCCUCCAUUCACAGACCAGCCAUCUGAACUGAAGGGCUAUUCCAUCCACACACGUCUCUCAAAAGGGCCACGAGGUUUUGGCUUUAACAUUGUAGGGGGCAGCAGACCCAGAGAAUUCCUGCAGGUGUACAGCGUCACACCCGGAGGCCCACCUGCCCUUAACACAGCAGACAUCCUGGUCUACAUUAACGACACGUGUGUCCUGGGUAUGUCCCACAAGGAGGUGGUGGAGAUGCUGAAGGCCGUGCCUAUGGGCCACAGUGUGGAUGUAGUGCUGCGUAGGGGCUAUCCCAUGCUUUACAAUCCUGAUGGCUGCCCCAAAACCAGCCUGUCUUUACCCUCUGACCCCAGCCCAGGAUGUGCCCAGCCCCCACCUCACAAUCUGAACCGUUCCACCUCUCACCACAACGGUUUCUACCCCCGGAUGCAAAAAGAGCCUUUAGACACCAAUGGUAAUGUGGCAGCUCCGCCUUGCUACCAUAUGCCCAAUGGAAACUCAGUAGACAGAACUGUAGGGAUGACCGGUCUGCCCUCAAAUCUGCCAAUGGCAAGGACGGAGAGACUGAGCUCAAGCCACAGUGAUACAGAGGUCAGCACUGUCGUCACACGCAGAGCCUCACUCAUCCACAGCUACAACAACAAUACCCUUCCUGCCCCAUCUCUGGCUCACCAGAACUCCAAGUCUUCCGAGAGUGAUCUGUCCAGUGGUGCCCUCCCACUGCCACAGCCUGAGGUAGGCAGUGCACCAGCGCCACCGGGUGCCCCUGGUGCCCAACGCCCACUCAUGCCCCCAACUGAGCUGCCACCCUGUGGCUUCAAUGGCUGCCCAGCCAGCAACCCCCCUCGGCCUGCCCCAAGCAACCUGGGAUCGCCUGGGGCUGGCACAGGAGGUGAGCUAGUGCCUGUGGCCCUGGGAAGAAGCGAGGGAGGGGGCAUGGGCUUCAGCGUGACAGCAGGUGGGCAGGGCGGGCAGUUGGCGCUGAUCAAGCGGGUGUGGGACCGGCGCCAGUGCCCGUCCCUGCAGCCAGGCGAUGCUAUCAUCAAGAUCAAUGGCGCUGACGUGCAGAACCUCAGCUUUGCGCAGGUACAGAGAGUGCUGCAGGAGCAUACCAGACAGGGUGAAGUGGUCUUACUGGUUUACAGAGGAGGAAACAUCCCUUCUCCUGUCACCCCAAACUCAUACAACAGUGUUCCCCCAGCCCAGGGCCCUCCAGAUUUGAUGUCUCCUUCCUCAGAUGGCCCCACGAACAGCCAAAGCACCCUAUCCCCCCAGUCACCCUCCAACGAGCUCCCUCCUUUGAUUCAGAGCACCAGCUUUCUGGACUCUGUGCCUGUUACCCUGACCAUGGAGCCCCGAGACUGGGUGGGGGUUGAGGAUGUGGCCAUGCAGGGUCCCCGUCUGCCCUCCUCUAAUGCUUUAGGAGCCGUGUCCAAAACACAGCCCGAGGGGAGAGGAGCAGUGCUUAGCAAAUCUUUGGAGGUGGAGCUGAGGAGAAGGCCUGGAGAGGGUUUUGGCUUUGUCAUCGCUACACAGGACAUGACGAAUGGCUCAUCGUCGCUGUUCUCUCACAGGUUUGUGACCGUGCAAAGGGGCAGUCCAGCAGCACGCAGCGGUCAAAUUCAGCAAGGUGAUCAUCUGGAGGCGGUGGAGGGCCGCUCGGUGUUCGCACUGCCUCACAGGGAGCUGGCACAGAUCCUCCGGCGAGCAGGAAACACACUCCGCCUCACCAUCAUCCCGCGCUCCAACAACAAUGCCUCCAACCUGACUGAGUAUACAGACUUUGAUGCAGAGAGCAAGUUAAGAAAAGGGCACAUAGCCAGACAAAAGGACCCACGGUAUUACAGUGUGGAUCUGGAGAGAGGCCCAACUGGUUUUGGCUUCAGUUUGAGAGGGGGAAGUGAGUACAACAUGGGACUCUAUGUGUUGGGGUUGAUGGAGGGAGGACCAGCAUCUCGCAGCCAAAAAAUACAGGUGAGCGAUCAGCUGGUGGAGAUUAACGGGGACAGCACAGCAGGCAUGACGCAUAGCCAAGCCGUGGAACAGAUCCGCAAAGGAGGACACCGCAUCCACCUGGUCCUGAAGAGAGGGAAUGGAUAUGUGCCAGAUUACGGCCAUGAAGGCGGAGCAGCCUCCUCCUCCUCCUUCCGCUCUGAGGAACCGGUUGAGAUUGGAGUGGCCAUCUCCUUGCCAAGGAGCAUUGAGAAGGGGGUGGAGAGACGAAAGGGGCGGAGAAAAGGAGGCAGCAGCCGAGGAGGGGCAGAGGAGGAGAGGAGAGGCACUCCUGCGAUUGAGCGGGCUUCAGGUGACUUGGUUAGCAUCACAGCGAGCUCCCACUCAGGGAGGAAGAGAGAGAGAGAGAAACCAACCCAGAGUACAACCAAAAAGGCUCCACGAAGUACACAGGGGGAGGAAGAGGACGUGCAGCAAAGAGAGAGGAGGGAGAAGGAGAAGAGGAAUUCAGGAAGCAGGAGGAGCAGAGUGAAAACUGGAACUCAAGAGAGGGAACAGGAAGAGGAAAAGGAGUGGUCAGAUUCAAAAGGGAGGAGGGGGAGAGACGAAAAGAAGGAGGGGAAAAAGAAGGGGAAAAUAGAAAACAACAACAGUGAUGUCCCUGAGGGUUCCGAAGAGGUCACUGGGGUCACACAGAAAGCACCCUUCUCCUUCCUCAUGUCUCUGGAUGAUGAAGGCAAUCUUUCUGAUGCGGACUCUGUACUCAGCUUUUCAGAAGUCAGUGUGUCCGCAGCUAGCAUCUCGUUCGCAGGGGCGCAGUGGCCCCUUGACCCCAGAGACCUCGGCAACUUCCGGGAGAUUCCCGCUAACCCAAACCUCACCCCUGGCCCAUGGCUCGUCCCCAGCCCACAUAAACUCUCUCAGGUCUUAGAAAGAAACAGGUUAAGCCAAUAUUCAGGAGGCCUGUGGCUCUGAAAAGCUUACUCUCUCUCUGAACUUUCUUUCUCUCUCUCUCUCUCUCUCUCUCUCUCUCACACACACAGACACACACACACACGCGUCAUUUGGAAACCAGCACACCACCAUCACCCCACCAGCCGUCCUCCACCUUCAAAUAACCCUCCCCUGUGCUCACGUUUUCAAGAAGAGCCGCCCGAUUGCAACCAGUGCCCAUGUCUGCAGUCCAAGCAAACUGAAGUCACCAUCACCUAGAGGCCAAUGAAACAAAAUGAGAGCGCAUGCUGCCAUCACGGGAUGGUUCUUAUUGGUUGCUAACCUGCAAGGCAAAUCCAUAUGCGUGUAUGUAUUCAUAGUGUUGCUCAUAGCAUGUACAAGUUAUUUUUUAUCUUAUGUCAUUUUGACUUUUUUUUUUUAAUUUUGAUAUAUUAUUUUCUUAUGAAUGCAUUAAGAUUCUAUUACAGAAAAAAAGAGGAAGAUUUAUUUAAGAUCUGUAUUAGCUGCUUGCUUUUCUGUGACCAGACUGUAGCCCUCUCCCCCACCGAGUGUGUUGAUCUAGCUGUCCGUGCUGGGGAAAGGACGGGGAAAGAACUGUUUUAUUAUGAGGCUAGCAAGCCAUCUCAGACUUCUCCAGGUGCCUUCUGCUUCUUUAGCUGGUGUUUACCAAAAAAAAAACAACAAAAAAAGAAGAAUCAUCUAUAUAAUAAAAAAAUCAAAUGAAGAAAAGAUAAAACGAAGUAGCAAAGUAGAGAGUGUGCAGUUAAGCAUUCUUCUGCCUCUUGAACUAUAAACCUUUGCAAGACUCAGUACAUAAGACGGAGGAAAAAAAAUACUGCACACAUUCUGCAACCGGUCAGCGAGUCAUUACAAGUGCCUCAUGUGAUUAUUCCUUUACGUGAAACACUCGACACCUCUUAAGAUGUCUGUGUGAAUUCAGGAUCCCAGAGCUUUUUGUUUCUCAUGUUUGUGUUUUAGAAUCAGAGGUUCAGAGCCAUUCCAGAUCCCAAGCGCAUUUCAAAAUCGCAGGAAAAGAAACCAACUGAAGGCCAAUAAGAUCCCAUUUAGUCAGCCCUCCUCCAGUCUGCAUCAAGAUUGCUGUUAACACAUCUGUCACUCACUCUCUCUAGCUUCAUGUGUUGAUCCGUCGUUUCAGGAGAUAAAAAGGGCAUUUUGAUACUGGUCUUCUAUGCAUUUUGUAAGACUUACUGAUCAAAAUUGCGGAGGCUUUUUUUGUUGUUCGUUUUGUUUUUUUCUUUUCGUUUUUUUCUACUGAGGCCUGGAUUGGGAAUAUUGUGUACUACUGAAGCGCAGGCAGUUUGCUGGGAUGUGACUGGCAUGGAAUAGAAGGAAAGACUUUCUGAGGUCAUCUAGUGUCAGAUGUACUGCAGCACCAGCUUAUGCAUCUCUCUUUACCUCUGACUGUCUAAGCAAUAAGAGGCCAUCUCCCUUUUUUUUUUUUUUUUUUUUCAGUAUCCACAACGUAACUUUUUACCCCCAAAAAUUCACUCCAGAGCAGUAUUUAAAUUAGUUGAUUAAAAAAAGGACAAGUAUUUCAUCAUGUGUUUGAGAUUUAUAAUACUGGUUGAUGCUUAUGCAGGAUAUGUCAUGUUAUUCACUCUAUAUGUAAUAGCAUGUCAUAAGCAUUUAUCGAGAUAAAAGGAGUCCAAAUGUAUUAUAAGAAUAUAAAUAAAGUUUGAUGAGCUAUUUAUGUUCGUUGACCUAACGGAGACCUUAACCAGCCUAUGUGUACACUUUGUAUCUGAUACCUAAAAGGGCAAAACUUGGCAAAAUGCAUCGUCGUGUUUGUAUCGAAUUUGGAUGACAAAAUGUUAAUGUUUAGUAAGAUUUUUCAUGUCCGAGAGACAGUACUGUAGCGAAUGCUUCUUGUAAAGCAAGACUAUUGUACAUAAUAAAGAGAAAUCCCAGAAAACUUGUAGGCUUUACACCAGAACAAUAUUCUAAACCCGAGUCUGACUUGCGUAUCAGCCACCAACAUAUCAGAAAAACUAUAUGUAGCACAGAAUAUAAUAAUAACUUUCAAGGUAUGUUUACAGUAACAACGUAUUAUUAUACCCUGGCACGCGAAAACAGGCUAAAAGUGCCAACUUCUUCCAUGGUGUUCGAAAAAUAGUUCAAAGUUGCAUGACUGUUAGAUGUACUCUACGAGCAUCACCCUAUCGAAGUAUUUGUUUUCAUUGUCCUGACCCUUUUUUGACACUUUGUCAUAAUGUAAUGUGGUGAAACGUGCAAUGCUUUUUAGUGGCCCUCUUACCCCUUGAAAAGAAAACUCGGCAUGGUCGCACCCUAGUGCUUUUUGUAACAAGCAAGUUAAUAGGCUCCUUGCUUUAGCUCCAUCCUUCACUAUAAAACCAAGGCAAAUAGUCACCCACAGUGCCAACGUAUAAAUAAGUAUGCAAUCCAGAAGAACCGUUUUGAAUAGCAUGCCCAAUAACCAUCACGUCGAAGGUGUAUACCUGUCGAUUUACGUUAGCCAGUAGCCCAUUAGAUGAAGUGUAGGUUCAAAAAAGCAAAAACAAAACUGAGACUGUCUUACAAGAAGGAGCCAUAAUAUGAGCCAGUCAUUGUACUUACAAACGGUGCCAUGUUUUGAUACUAUAACUUCUGAGGUCAAUCUACUCACAGUGCUGCUGCACUAUUGAAAUGCUAAUUAACGAUGUCAUCCUCAUUCCCUUUGGAGAAAGGAAUAAGGCCUUUGUUCUUGUAUGUUUUUGUAAGUCUUGAUAGACGAAAAUGUCAAAAUGUGAAAGUUAAGGUUCAGCUUUGAAUUUCAACUUGAAUUUAUUACAUCAGCCUUGUUAAGGAAUCAGCCAUUGUACAGAACAAUUAAAAAAAAAAACCACACACACGCACUGCUUUUUCCCCACUAGACUAUAUAUUCUGUAGACAGUAGUUAGAGAAGUAGCAGGAGCAGCUGGACAGCUAGGAGAAAGAUGACUGAAGGAGAGGGCACGGCCGGCAAAGCAGCACAUUUCUGCGACGCUUUUUGUUUUUCCACAAUUCCCCAUUCAAAACCGUUGCAGGAGUGUACAUGCUUUUGUACAUGCUUCCAGUGGCAUGCUGCUUGCAGUCAAAAUAGAUGUAUAUUGCGCCCUGAUGUGCACACGACUGCUGCUGCGCUGCUUGCCGUGUGUAGCUGGUUUAAAAAGCUACAAUGGUUAAUGCUUCUGGCUCGAAAUAAUCUGAGAUUAAGUAUGUAACCACACUACCAUGGGUUGUAUGGCAGAAAACAAAUUUGGCCAUGUAAAUGAGCUUUUGGGGUUGCAAACAUACCAUCCCAAAGUAGGGAUGCACCGAGAUUUCCACCGCCACCUGCAAACGAAUGGUGCUGAAAAUUUUUUGAAAGGGAAAAACUCAGUUUUCACUUUGAAUUCUGAAUACAGCAACAAAUUAUUUCCGAUUUGUUGUAGUUAGUGUUGAGAAUUUAUUAAUGCAUCGCUGACAUGUUCAUGUAGUGGAUCAGUUUGUUCAAUGGUGCCAGAUUUCAGCUGGAUCCCCCACAGAGGGAUUUUUUUUUUUUUUCUUUUUAAAUCAAAACCGAAGAUCCAGUCUGGUAACCCUGAAUCUGUUCGUCAUUGUUUGCAUCACUGGCAUGCACCAUUUCACAAGCAAAGUCUACAUUACCUUUUUCUGGCACUACCCAAUCCAUACUGCACAUGCCAAUGAUGGAUACUUACUUGUAUUUGCAUGUGUUUUUCGCAGUGCUGGAUUUAAUUUAUUUUUUUUUAAAUGCUACCUGCUAUGCAAAUGAUCAGUGAUGUUAUUUCAUCACCAUGUUCUGCUUCAGUUAAUUAUCUUUAUUAUUCCAAAGCAUAAAUAAAAAAGGGUAAUUAAUUAAAGCAGUUCCUGUAAUGGAAUUGUUUUGUUUCUGUCCAGUGUGUCCUAAAUUCUGGUCUCAGACAGGACUUAUUUUCGGUGCAUCACUACCUCUAAGAUGUAAAAGGCUUGAUUAGACUAAAAUACUUGCAUGCUUGAUAUAGCACACUGUUCCUGGUUAUAUCCUAAACCACAGUCAUGACUAUACUGUAACUCUAGCCAGAAAUAUAUCAGUAUAUUCCUCCACAACUACUGCCCUCUCCUUUGUUUUCUUUCUUCUGCUUCAGUUAUACAGGAAGAUGAUAUAGGCAGGUUUUUUUGUUGUUGUUUUUUGUUUUUUCGUCAACCAGGUCUCGGAUUCCCUCCUCCUGACUUGAAGCCGAACAAGUAGCCACUGUUCUAAAGCUGCAGUUGUGCAGCAGGAACUUUGACUACACCCGAGGGUGUGUACAUAGCGGUCCACACAACACUUAAAUAGUACAGAUGUACAGGUUUUUAUUCGUUGCUCUUGAUAUGUAUGAAGAUAAUUGUAAUGUUUUUGAAUGCAUCAACAGGGAGUUUUGAAUUAUGAACAC